AUGGCUGAUACCACGGAGGUUGCCGCUCUGGGUCGACCUUUCACUCUAGGAAUGCUCUACGAUGCUCGCAAAGUUCAACUGAUUCCAGGUUUGACAAUGUGGGAUAAUAAAACUCUACAAGAGAAUACAGCUGAAUACUCUGAGCACAGCAGUACAUUUGAAAUGUCUGCAUCCGACUCCAUUGAAUCCAAGUCCUCUCUGCUGGAUGUUGAUUCUUCUGUGAAGGCCAGUUUCAUGAGUGGACUGAUUGAAGUUGGAGGAUCUGCCAAGUAUCUCAAUGAUAAGAAGAAAUUCAAGAAUCAGAGCAGAGUGACGUUUCAGUACAAAGCUACCACACACUUCAAACAGUUCAAUUUAACCAAGAGUACCCAACAGACAGAUGUUAUUGAGAAGGGCUCUGCAACACAUGUAGUCACAGGCAUCCUUUAUGGAGCAAACGCUUUCUUUGUGUUUGACAGUGAGAAGUUACACGACAACAAUGUCCAGGUCAUCCAGGGCAGCAUGGAGGCUGUGAUAAAAAAGAUUCCAAAAUUUAAUGUUGAGGGGAAAGUUGACAUCAAGCUGACUGGUGAAGAAAAAGCUCUGACUGAGAAAUUCUCCUGCAAAUUCUACGGAGACUUCAUUCUUAAAAGCAACCCGACAACAUUUGUAGAUGCAGUGAAUACCUAUGUACAACUUCCAAAGCUGCUGGGAGAAAAGGGAGAGAACAGUGUUCCACUGAAGGUCUGGCUGAUGCCACUGAAGAAUUUGGAUUCAAAAGCUGCUGAGCUGGUGAGAGAGAUCAGUGUUGGACUUGUAAGGAAGGCUGAAGAUGCUCUGGAGGACCUGAACCAUCUGGAAAAAAGAUGCAACGAUUUGCUGGAGGACAAAGUGGUGCGAGAUUUUCCUCAAAUCAAUAAAAAGUUGAACGGUUUCCAAAAACUGUGUCAUUAUUAUGCAUCUGACCUCAGACAGACCAUGGAGAAGAAAAUUCCCUCCAUCCGUGAAGGUAAAGAAGACGAGAGCGCAUUAGAAAAAGUCUUUAAAGACAGAGACAAGUCACCGUUCAGCCAUGAGAAACUAACCAAGUGGAUGGACCAUACAGAGAGAGAAAUCAACAUCAUCAGGUCCUGUGUAGAGAUGAUGGAGGGAACAAAUACCGUCCGAAAUCAGUCAGAGCUGGACAGAGAGGUACUUGGUGUAGAGGAUGCUCUGUGCUUUGUUUUCACCUCCCUGGAGAGUGCUGACCCCUGCGUCAAAGAGAUGAGCAAAUACCUAAACUCAUCUAAAUUAGAAUGUACCAAAGAAGAACCGUGGUACUACUCAGAUGAAGUUUUCUCCAAAAUGAAAGAAAAAGCCAAAACUUUCCAGGAUCUUGCCAAAGACUUGAAGAACAACAGCCGAUUCUGUUUCCUCAUAGCAGCAAUUGAAAAUGCCAAACACACAGGAGCGGCCAUCUACCAUUACAGGGGGGGAAGUUGGGUCUCUGAUGACUUUUCAAAGCCCGUCCUCCCUCCUGUGGAGAAAAUCACAGAAAGAAGAGAUUUGAUCUGGUACGCCUGUGAUCUCACUCUGGACCCAGACACAGCAAACAAACACCUCACUCUGUCUGAAGGGAACAAGAAGGCAACAAAUGGAGCAAAGCAGUCGUAUCCUGACCUCCCGCAGAGAUUUGAUAUUUUGCGUCAGGUGCUGUGCAGAGAGGGGCUGACUGGGCGCCGCUACUGGGAGGUGGAGUGGAGAACUUCUGGUGUAGUUUACACAGUUUCUGUUGGUGUUACCUACAAAGGCCUGUUAAGGAAAGGAAUGGAUAAACGGUGCAGGCUUGGAUACAAUACCAUGUCCCGGUGUUUACGCCACAGCAGUGGUGUAGUUGGUUUUGCCACCAUUGCAAUGAAAUAUGAUCCAGGCCACUGUUUUCAUUUUCAUGGUACGGGCUGCACCCGAGUGGGAGUGUAUCUGGACUGGUCUGCUGGCACUCUGUCCUUCUAUAACGUCUUAGCUGACAAACUGAGUCACCUCCACACCUUCCGCAACAAAUUCACUGAGCCAGUUUACCCAGGCUUCAUGAUUUUGGGUCACUCCAACUACGUGUUCUUGUGUCAGUAAUCUGCACUACAUUCUGAACUUCAAGUUCAGUUCAGUUUGAUCACAAAAUGAUUAUUACAGCCCGAAAAAGAAACGUGCCAUUACCCUAUUGGAACAAAAGGAUAAUUUUUUUGCCAAUUUACACGGUCCGUACUUUAACAAACCUUUCCUAGAGAAUUAUUAUUAGAAUUAUUUGAAUCCUAAAGCACCCUGAACUGAACUGAAUUAAUCUGAUCAACUUCAAAUUUUUGCUGCUUAGUCUAAACCCAAUGACGGUUAAAAGCUGUAAAUGGUGAGUUUUCGUCCAUGGUCAUGCCCGUGGUGUGGCGUUCAAAAUAGAAGAUUCGCCAUUAAACCAGAAGUAAUAACCAGUCCCACUAUCUUCCUGUUGCUGCAACUGGCUGCACUCGACUGGGAGUGUAUCUGGACUGGCGUGAUGUCAAAUCAAAUGGAACAAAAAAUAGCCAUACCAAAUAUCGUUUAUUAUUCAAUCACAAAUCACUUGAUGUAAAUUGUACAUUUCGUUCCUCAUCUAUGCUAAUAUGCAACAGGGAAACACAAAGAAACAUAUCCAUCCAAGCAUUUUUAUGUGAAUUAUCUAAUAAGAAAAGCUGCAUUGAAGUGACAGAAUUCAACAAAACUCAUGAUAUCACUAAAACGAUUUUACACUUGGCUUGAGUUUUUCUUCCUUUUGUUCAUAAAGUGUGCUGCUGUAUAGCCUCUACUUCAUUUUUCUUUGCCGCUACUUCCUGUAGGUUUAGCCAGGCUGGAUUAAGUAAGCAGGAAGAGGCUGAGUUAGGUGACCUGUCUGAGAUCUGAACACAAAGCCUGACCUUCACAUGACAAUAGAAAAUAAAUAAUCUUCCUUAAUUUUUAUUUUUUAUUUUACUUCUGUUUUGUCUCUCUGUGUGGUUUUACUUUCCUGUAUGCUAAUUAACAUAAAAUAUGA